CUUUGACUCUCGCCCGCGAGAUAAUUCAGACUGCAGCGAAGCAAGAACAGCCAGUCACCCAUUACCCCAGAAAAUCUCAUAUUCAAUUUAUUCAAGCAAACCACAGUACCCACCUGAAUCCGAGUCACCGGGGCUGGUCGGGACCUUGCGUACCUGCAUGCCCCUCCAUCAUGACUUCGACUCUAAGCACUGGGGUUCCUCUUAAACAGAUUCGUUUUGUCAACAACCAGGGACUACCGCCAUCCAAACGGAGAAGGAUAAACGCGGCUUGCUACACGUGUAGGAGGCGCAAGACGAGGUGCGAUGGCGCCCGUCCGAUAUGUUCAACCUGUACCAAGAACGGUCAUUCAUGUCAGGGUUAUGAUGAUAUCCAUGACAGGAAAAGUGACGCCACACGCUCGUCUGGAAUGAAGCGGGAGUAUGCAGGGGAUGAUAAUGGCGGUGAUGAGGACGACGACGACAAAGAUGGGAUCCCAGAAGACUGUAGCGCCCAACGGAUCGCUCAGUCAGCCACUGCCAAGACUCGGCAGUCUGACCCUUCACAUAUGGAUUCUUCAUCCAACAGAGAGCACGACGAGAGCAACAGGGUCCCCUAUUUUGGGUAUUUUGGCCCGACCGCAAUCGUGCCCGGCUUCAAACAGAUGGUUGUCAAUGUGCCAUCCCGCAGAAGCAGAGUUGGCUCCUUCUCAGCAUCGUCACCGACUGAGACCCGGUCUCAGGCCUCUCAUGGAACGCUGCACCAGGAUGAACUUUAUCAUGAGAACUCCGAAGAUCUGCCCAUCUACGACCCCAACGACCCCGGCCCGACGGAUCCUAUCAUACUACGACUGAUAGACACUUUCUUCACACACAUGGGCUGCAACUAUCCAUUCUUGCGCCAUGAAAAGUUUCUCAAGAUGGUCAGCGAGAAGAGAGUUGAACCAAUCCUGCUAGAUGCUAUACUUGCACUAGCUGCAAGGUUUCACAAGAAAAAGGACGAAAGGGAGCCGAUGGGGCAUUUCUAUGCGCGGCGGGCAAAGAUGGCUACGGUGGAUCCAUUUCCCUGUCCAACUGUUGGUGCUGUUCAGGCCUAUCUGCUACUGGCGUACGAAAGCUUCGGCCAGGACCAGGAUAGUGCCCUGUGGGCUUACCUUCAGCUUGCAAUUGGAAUGUCUAUCGAUAUAGGCCUACCAAGGAAGGACGGUGUCAAGUAUCAAGGCGAGAAAGACCCUUGGUACACGCUCGCUUGUAUCCCAAAGUACGACGAAACUGAACAAGGGCACGAUAAGCAGGGCAACGAAGAAGACACCCUUAGCCCAGAAGAGCAGGCCGAGGUUGAACAGGAGCGAAUCAACACUUUUUGGGCGGUCUUUGUUCUGGACAGAGUCAUUUCCUCGGGUACCGGGCGACCCGUCCGGUUCAAGGACGAAGAUUUUGAGAUACCUUUACCAGAACCGUCCCUGAUUUCCGAGAAGGGGUGGCCUGCACCGUUCCCCGACUUUAUCCGGAUUGUCCAUCUAUAUGGCCGAGUUUCGGAUGUUCUGAAUAAUGUUAAAAAUCCAAAAGAGCUUGCAGGCGAUAGCAUUCAGAAGAACCUCGGCAGCCUUGUUCAAGAGUUGACUUUUCUGCACCAAAAAUUAGACACUCGCCUCCAUUUCAACGCUGUCAACUUCCAGGAGUACUCAAGGGCCGGUCAGGGUACGACGUUCAUCUUGCUUCAUCUUUGGUUUCACACCCUGAUCAUCAUCCUCCACCAGCCCGCCGUCAUCUUUGGAGCCAUCCGGCAGAUUGAUGAUCUCUUGCCACAUGGCCGCGAAGUGGCAAUCUCGAGCGCCAGAUCGAUUGCGGAUAUUCUCUCUUUUGCUGAGCUUAUCGACUCGAGAAGCGUCAUGGGAAAUCCUUUCACAUCCCAGCCCAUGUAUAUAGCCGCGUGUGCCUUUUUGAUGCAGUCCGGCACAGCGCAGUCGUCGGCCCCAUCACAUACCGACUCGGAAACGGCUGGCCUGACAAACGGCUUCGCUUUCACGGCCAAGGACAAGGAGGCGAAGCAACCUAGCUCGCUGCUUGCCUUUGGAGCGAAUCAGAACUACCAGCGCUGUUACAAGAGUCUCCAGCAGCUACAGUCUUAUUGGGGUGGUGUGAGGUACAUACUGACAGCCUUGGAUCAAAAGUCCAAGGGAAUCUGGGACUGCGAAACUUACACGCUAGAAGAGUACGCAAUGACCAAGAAAAUGUCAGGAAGGCGGUCAUCCUCGUUAGGCCGGCUUCCUCGGGAAUUCGGGAUUUCUUCGACUCCAAAUGUGCCGCCCAUGGUUGGCUUCUCUCUCACAGGCACAACCAACUCGCCAAACUCUUCUCUCACUUGGGUUUAUCAGAACCAAGCCAACGCCGCCAUGAGUCUGCAGCACCAGCACCAGGCACGACACCGGCCUGCAUCUUCAGCUCAUCAACAAGAGAUACCUACCGGGGCUGCAAUGGCAACCAAUACCGAAACGAGCUUUGAUUCUGCAAGCAAACCACUCAUUUUACCGGCACCCCUCACACCUCCGGGGAACCUGGCCUACGACCCUCUCAGGAAUGAGCCCUCGCAAGCCAUAUACACUUCUGCCUACCCACAAGCACCCGUAUCAGCAAUGCGGUUUUCGCCAGUACCAGCAGUAAACGUCUCACCUAAGCACCGGUCACGGCAGAAGCGUAGAUCCGUGUCUUCACUCAACAGCCCUAGAGCUGGUGCAUCGGCCAAGGAGCCACCUCGAUCUCGUCUAUCUAGUGGCGAUCCCGCAAACGAGCAUCACCUUCAUCUACAACGUCAUCGCCAGUUUGAUUCCAACUCUGAGGGUACAACAACAGCUCCUCCGACGAGUGACAUGACAGGGAACAGCAGCAUAUACACGGCACCGGUGCGCUCAUCGGUUACCAGCUACGAGCCAUCCCCAUCGCCAAACGGCGGCGGGUCCUCACUGGCGGCGCUAUCUGGCCCUCUUAACCGGCAGGGCUCACAGUUCGAACACCCACAGCCGGGAGAUUUCUCGUCGCCCAUGGUUCAGACCACCGGAGUCGUCACUCCAGGAAGCGGGUAUUACGCUCAGCUUGCUGACCUGACAUUUGAUAGUCGCGAGAUCACAUGGGGCCAAGACCCGACCGAGGCCAUGGCACCGUGGUUGGUUGAGUACUUUUCGACCAACGACAUUAUUGGCCUUUUACACGCGAGCGGUGGUGACGAAGAGAGCAACGGUCACUAA